GGCGGCGGCGGCUGCUCCGGCGGCGGCGAGACGCAGGGCGGCUGCUUCUCCACGCAGGGAUCUUUGCGAAGCUGCGCCGAGAUGUCUUCUUCCAAAGCUAAGGAGGUUUUCUCCUCGGACGAAGAGGGCCCUGCAGCCGGGGCCGAGGAUCACCACAAAGUCAAGGUCUCCAGUUUGCCGUUCAGCGUGGAAGCGCUUAUGUCCGACAAAAAGCCGCCCCGAGAGGCGAGCGGAAGCGUCGAAGGGGCUGGCUUGGGUACUUCCAGGAACCUGCUGUUGCCCACUCACGUCUCCAGGGAAGCUCCCAGUCCCGGCGGGCUUACAAAAACCUUCGAGACCUCGUCGGUGAAGUCCGAAAACUCCGAGGAUGGCUCGUCCUGGAUCCCAGAGGCCGGCAGAUACUCCCCUCCCCCAAGGCACCUGAGCCCCACAGCCUGUACACUGAGAAAACACAAGACUAACCGGAAGCCCAGAACACCCUUCACAACCUCCCAGCUGCUGGCUUUGGAGCGCAAGUUCCGUCAGAAGCAGUAUCUGUCCAUUGCUGAAAGGGCCGAAUUCUCAAGCUCCCUCAAUCUCACAGAGACCCAGGUCAAAAUAUGGUUCCAGAACCGGAGGGCCAAGGCAAAAAGACUGCAGGAAGCAGAGCUGGAGAAGUUAAAAAUGGCAGCAAAGCCCAUGUUGCCGUCUGGGUUUAGCCUCCCUUUCCCUAUCAACUCACCUCUCCAGGCAGCCUCUCUCUAUGGAACGUCGUAUCCCUUUCACAGACCUGUGCUUCCCAUCCCACCUGUAGGACUCUAUGCUACUCCCGUGGGAUACAGCAUGUAUCACUUAUCGUAAGAAGGUCGGAAAGUGAGGACAUGGUACCUGACUGACUGAUGGAGCGUGCUCAGUUAAAGGGUGCCGUACAGAACCACGACUGGUCAGUUUUCACCUACUUGUAAUGUGCCUUAUCAAAUAUAUAGGAGUUUGGACCCAGAACCUGUAUUCUGCAUCUUGGGAACCAACCAAAUGUGAGCUCAGCAUCUAGAAUCUGAUCCUGAAAACAAGU